AUGGUUUCCCUCUGGCACGCCUCCGUCAUUGUCCUUGUGCUCAUAUUCCUCGGAGGAUCCGAUGCCAACCCAGCUGCGCGUCGACACGGUCAGCUGGAUGUAAACCACAAGAAGAAGCCACUACAGACAUCCAGACCUUACAACAUUGCCCACAGGGGUUCCAAUGGCGAAAUACCCGAAGAGACAGCUGUGGCAUAUUUGAGGGCAAUCGAGGAAGGUGCUGACUUCAUAGAGACUGAUAUACUUGCAUCAAAGGACGGACAUCUGAUAUGUUUCCAUGAUGUAAUCCUGGAUGCCACGACGGACAUCACAAACCGUACCGAGUUUGCUGGCAGGAAGAGAACCUAUGAUGUCCAGGGAUUUAAGUUGACUGGGUGGUUUAUCGUGGAUUUUACUUUAAGAGAACUGAAAUCACUGAGGGUGAAACAGCGCUACAAUUUCAGGGAUCAACAGUAUAAUUGGAAGUACAAUAUUCUUACAUUUGAUGAGUUUAUUUUGAUUGCACUUCAUGCUGAUAGGGUGGUCGGAAUAUACCCAGAGAUCAAGAAUCCUAUAUUCAUCAACCAGCAUGUCAAGUGGUCAGGUGGCAAGAAGUUUGAGGACAAGUUUGUUGGGACGCUUCUCAAGUAUGGCUACAAAGGCAAAUAUAUGUCUAAAGAUUGGCUCAAGAAGCCACUAUUCAUCCAAUCCUUUGCUCCAACUUCACUAAUUUACAUCUCAAACAUGACAAAUGCUCCAAAACUGCUUCUAAUAUACGACACCACAGUUCCAACUCAAGAUACCAACCAGUCAUACUAUGAGAUAACUUCGAAUGGCUAUCUCGCGUUCAUAAGGAAGUAUGUAAUUGGGAUUGGGCCAUGGAAGGAUACAAUUAUCCCCCCAAUGAAUAACCAUCUAGGCCCUGCAACCGAUCUUGUGGCACGGGCACACGCUCUGAAUCUUCAGUGCAUCCAUACACAUUCAGAAAUGAGAACUCAUUCCUGCACUUCAACUUCCAUCAAGACCCUUAUGCUGAAUAUGAGUACUGGCUCAAAGAGAUUGGAAUCGACGCGCUGUUCACCGAUUUCACCGGCAGCUUGCACAAGUACCAGGAGUGGACAGCUCCACACCAAAAGAAGGAAAAGAAGUGCAGAGGAACUCCUGCAUGAGAUCGCCAACACGCUGAAGGUUGAUGUUCACUAA